ACCAGAUCCAGCAUUUAACAUACAUCAACACCGACACGUAUAUACACACACACAUAUAUAUAUACAAAUAUAUGGAUGGUGGCGGUGGCGGUGAUCAGGGGACGAAGUACAGGGGGGUAAGGCGGAGGCCCUGGGGGAAAUACGCGGCGGAGAUAAGAGAUUCGAGGAAACACGGCGAGAGAGUGUGGUUAGGGACGUUCGACACGGCCGAGGAGGCGGCUCGAGCCUACGACCGGGCCGCCUUCUCGAUGAGGGGCCGAGCCGCCAUUCUCAACUUCCCUCACGAGUACAACUUGGCGACCAGUGGCGAUUCUGGUAAUUAUCACCCUUCUUCUGCUUCUGCCGCAGCUUCUGUAUCGGCUGCAGCAUCGUCUUCUUCGUCUUCCUCGAGGCAAGUAUUCGAGUUCGAGUACUUGGAUGACAGUGUUUUGGAGCAACUUCUUGAAUACGGAGAGAAUUAUGACAAGAACUCUAGUAAUAACAGCAAGGGUCGGAAGCAAUGACGCGGAAACAUAAAAAGAAAUCAUCGAUCGGGUCGAGUUUUGUAAUAAGGCGAGCAAUUUUUCCAACGGGAAUCCAUUAUACAAUGCUUAUUAUAGAUAGUGAUUGUGGACCUAUACUACAGUGCGCAUAUGUAUUAUCUGAAUUCAGAUGAUUAAACUAUAUAUAUAUAUAUAUAUGGGGGUGGGGUGGCAAUAAGAAUUUGUGUUUGCAAAUGUAUG